GGGCGCAUGCGCGCAGUUACGCGGCUCUAUGGUCAUGCUUUCCUCGGCUUCUCGCGUGCAUUCGUGCAUUUGCCAAUUCGCUCGCACGGCGGCCGAUCGGGCGCAUCUCGAGUUAAAGUCUCCGCUUCUUACACACACGGCACACGGCACACGGCACACGGCACACGGCACACGUGAUCCGCGCGCAACUUGCUCGUCGUCAGCAGAGCACGAAUCGAGGACCGGCGCGCGUAAUCGUCACGUAAUAUCAUCGCGCGUAACAUUACGCUGUCGUUUACCCGCGAGGCUUUCCGACGAGCCGCGAAUGCGAUCGGUCGAACGGACCGACUGACGUGUAUCCGGAACGUAAAAUCGACACCGAGGUAGUCGGGGCGAAACGUCGAGCGAGAUGUAUUCGUGGAAAGUGACCAGGCACGCUCUGCGACGUUUCAACUCCAGUCAUCAUACUAGUCACGCGUGCAACGUUAGCAGGUUAGCGCUCGUGUUGGAGCACCGCGGCAAUCCGGGCCGCGGCAGGUUCGGCGGCUACCGCAGGCGGAUAAGCAUGUGGCUGCGGGAACAGAGCAGCCAGGUGGCACAGACCUGCAAGCGGCAGUUCGAGUUCGUGGCGGCGCAGCGGGUGCGACGGUGCAUGCAGAUAUUUCACCUGUACACGAGGAUAUGGGACGAGACGGCGCUCAGGGAGUUCAUGCGCUCCUGGAGGCGGCGCGUCGCCAGGAACGCCAAGGGCUUCCUGAUAAGCGCGACCGGCGUCACCGCCUACAAUUGGGACCGUGACAGGAUAAGCGACGAGGAAAUUCAGACAUACAAUCACGAGAUCGAGGGGAUUUACAAGCUGCGAGACUCCACGGUGGUUUGCGCCAAGUGUCACCUGCGAAUCGUCAUCGACAUUGUGCAGCCUGACAUAAAGUACUGUAAGUGUAACGGUGUACAGCCCUCUGCCGCUUCCAACCAAGAGCUGGAAGAUUGGCAGCCUUUCAUCGAGCGCCAGGACAUGCUGAUAUGGAGAAGAAAGGAAGUCGGAGGAUUAUUCGCGUACAAAGUGUACGGUUCGUUUGCCGACGUCACUGCCAAUGACUUCUUACAAGUACAAAUCGACGUAGAUUAUAGGAAGAAAUGGGAUCCUACCGCUCAGGAGUUGCAGAUUAUUGAGACCGAUCCGGAUACAGAGUCAUCCACCGAUCACAGUACCGACAUCAUCCACUGGGAAAUGAUCUGGCCUAAAUUAUUUUCAAACAGAGAUUACGUGUAUCAACGACGGUGGGUCGUGGAUAAUGAUAAGGGCCUCGUGAUCAUCGUCAGCCGAGUAACGGAGCAUCCUGACGUACCGGAGAGGCGAGGGACUUACAGAGUCAGGACAUAUUGGUCGUACAUGGUGAUAAAACCUUAUACGAAAUUCCACGAGCCGGGGAUUGAAUUCGGACUCACGUACUUUGAUGAUCCAGGCGUUGCUGUACCGUCUGCUGUUACUGCCUGGGUAGCGUUGAGAGGCUUACCAGACUUUCUAGUUCGUAUGAGGCAGGCUUCAAAGGAUUAUCAGAAAUAUAAACAGAGCAUAACCGAUGCUGGUCAUCUUCCGUUGGGGGAUAUUUCCAAAGAGCAAGUCGAAGCCGAUGCGAAGGACAAGUUGAGCAAUAAUAAUGACAAUGGAAAAUCAAUGAAGAAUUAUAAGGAUGAGCGAGAUGAGUCUGCUGAUGAUAUUAGCAAGUUACAUCUACCACAUAAUGUACAGCAGAAGAAUGAUACCGUGGAGAGUCAGAACAAGAACGACACGACGAAUUCCGCACCGAAAGAGGAGCAAGGUUUAUUGCACUAUUUUUAUCUCACCAAGUUAUUCGCACUUUUUAACUUAUGACAAUUGGAUUUAAUGAAAUAACUUUCAACUAGCAGAUAUUUUAACGUGACCUCGCGUGGAAGCGAUAAUAAUAUACCAUCGUUAAAGAUGUAAAACAGAUUUAUGGAUGUGUAUAACGAUGUGUGCAAUACUGCUUUAGAUUACAAGAAUACGAUGGAGUAAAAGUCGGUCAAGAUUUAAUAAUUUACGUGGCAAACAGAUCUGUACAAAACAAACCGAAUUCAGUGCACCUUUAAGUAUAAAGAUAUACUUGUACAUGUAUAUUACAUUUACAUUUACAUAUAUUGUUUGAUACAAUAUAUCAAUAUAUAAAUAUAUUGUGAAUUAUAAUAUACAAAUGUCGCGCAACGUAUCGUUUCGUAGGAAAUAAAAUUUUAAUAAUUUCCAUUAGCAUAAUCAUCGCGUUAAUCAACCGCAUGCGUUAGUGCGUCAUUUAUUCCGUGAAACACGAAACGCAUAAGUUAUAUAUCAUGUUUUAUCGCUUGCCAAUGUACAAUUUGUUGAAGGGCAUUAUUAUUAUUAGAAACAAAGGCGUGUUAAAAAUAAAUUUAUUGAGAAACAA